CGUCGUAUGUUUUUGAUCAGAGGCUAAUUUCUUGAGCUGCACCGCCUGUCGGACCUCCCCGGCCCAUGGUCUAUUAUAGUACAUGUAGUCUCUAUAUAAAAGCUACCGCGGUCUCUACAGUACGGAUCAGAUAUGGCUGUUAAAAGCAUACUAAAAGACACAACAGAGCGUGAGAGAGCAAGGCAUUUCUUGGCCCUCACCUUAAAGCAUGGAGGCUCUACCAGCUACAACGAGUGGGCUAGACACUAUGAGGCUGACAUCCUGGACUCCCUAGGCUACAAAGCUCAUACCAGUGUAACUAUAAAGUGGCAAAGCUACCAUAAAUAUCUUGUGACUCGAAAUGAAACGACGAAGCAUAAGAUUCUUGAUGCUGGUUGUGGAACAGGCCUCGUUGGAGAAUCAGUGGUUUCUGCUUGCUCCCCUGAUUCUAUCCAACUUUAUGGCGGUGAUGUCAGCGAGAAGAUGCUCGAAGAAGCAAAGAUGAAGGGAAUAUAUACCGACCUGCUAGUGAUUGAUCUCAACAUUGAGCUACCCUACAAUGCUGACAGUUUCGACAGCAUAGUGUGUGCUGGUGUGUUUGGAAAGGGACAGUGUGAUGUAGACUGCCUCCCGAAUAUUCUCCGAGUUCUCAAGCCUGGAUGCUACUAUGUCGGGACAGUUAAUGCAGACAGAUAUGAUGUGUCACUGUGGACAAGAACUAUUCAAGAGUGUGACUGUGUAUUGAUUGAAGAUAGUGAAAUGCCUGUUCGUGAUUGUGCAACUGGAAUUGUUCUUGUUAUUAUGAAGAAUUGAAUUGUG